AUGGCGACCAGAGGAGGAGAGGACGAAGCGAAACAAAUGGCAGCUGAGCUAAGCAAAACCCUAAAAGAAGGAGAAAGACUUCUCGCGCCAACCCGACGCCCCGACGGAACCCUCCGUAAACCCAUUCGUAUUAGGGCUGGUUAUGUGCCUCAAGAUGAAGUUGCCGUUUACCAAUCUAAAGGCGCUCUUUGGAAGAAGGAAAUGGAGUCAUUGCAGGAUGUUCCGCCGGGGUAUGAUCCGGUGAUGGAGGCUAAACCUAAGUCUAAAGCUGCCAAGCGGAAUGAAAGGAAGAAGGAAAAGCGUCAACAGGCUGCAGUUGAGAAGGGUAAGAAUCCAGAGAGUGGUGAAGUCUCAUCUGCUGAAAAUUCAGUUGGCGUUCCAGAGCAGGUUGAGUCAGUUAUGUCCCAGAUAAACAGUCUUGCGAUAUCUGCAAAUCCUGUUGUCCCCCCUUCAAAUUCAAUCGAGUCUUCUGCCGUGGGAGAUAGUGUGCAGGACAUUGACAAAAAGAUCCGAGCUCUGAAGAAAAAGAUUCGGCUGACAGAAGCUCAACAGCAGAAGACUGAGGAGAAGGAUAUGAAGUCAGAACAGCUGGAAAAAGUGGCUAAGUUGGAAAGCUGGCGAAAAGAGUUAAAGGUUUUGGAGGAUAAAAAGGCUGAACUGGAAGCAUGACAUCAUGAAUUUAAUUUUAGGCUGAAGAAACUCGUAGUUUAAGUUACGGUAGCCUGGUGGAAUUUUACCACUGCAUCAAUAUACUCAACGCCCAAGAUGUUAAGGGAAAUGUGUGUUUAUCUUGUAAUUUGUGCACUAGUUAGGGCAAAACAACACAGGAUCUAGGGCGUGUUUGGUACGAAGUAAAAUGUUUUUCAAUUUUCCCAUGUUUGGUUGGCUUGAA